AUGGCAGAAGAAAAUUAUUCCACAGUGACUGAGUUUAUCCUUGCUGGACUCUCAGAGAAAGAAGUGCUCCAAUUGCCCCUCUUCUUCUUCUUCCUAGGAAUCUAUGUGCUCACAGUGGUGGGGAACCUGGGCAUGAUGACCUUGAUCCUUAGUUCCCACCUGCACACGCCCAUGUACUUUUUCCUUACCAGUCUGUCCUUCAUUCACCUCUGCCAUUCCACUGUCAUUACACCAAAAAUGCUGGUUAGCUUUGUGAAGAAAAAGAACAUAAUCUCCUACCCUGAAUGCAUGACUCAACUCUACUUCUUCCUUGUUUUUGCAGUAUCAGAAUGUCACAGGUUGGCUGCAAUGGCCUAUGACCAUUUUGUUGCUGUCUGUAACCCCUUGUUUUACAAUGUCACCAUGUCCUAUCAAGUCUGCUCAUGGAUGGUAGUUGGGGUGUAUAGCAUGGAUUUGGUUGGUGCCACAGCUCAUACAUUUUGCAUGCUAAGAGUGAUUUUCUGUAAGCCUGCCACCAUAAACCACUACUUCUGUGAUCUUUUUCCAUUACUGGAGCUCUCCUGUUCCAGUACUUUUAUCAAUGAAAUAUUAGUUCUGUGCCUAGGUUCUUUUAAUAUACUUGUCCCAGCCCUGACCAUCCUUGCCUCUUACAUCUUCAUCAUUUCCAGCAUCCUGAGCAUCAGCUCCACUGAGGGCAGGUCCAAAGCCUUCAGCACCUGCAGCUCCCACAUCUCUGCUGUUUCUGUCUUCUUUGGCUCUGCUGCAUUGAUGUACUUGCAGCCAUCCUCAGUCAGCUCCAUGGACCAAGGGAAAGUGUCCUCUGUGUUUUACACCAUUGUUGUGCCCAUGCUGAACCCCUUGAUCUACAGCCUGAGGAAUAAGGAUGUCAAAGUUGCCCUAAAUAAGUUCUUGGAAAAAAGAAGUUUUGUAUGA